UAUUUAAUAGGUUUACUUCUAAAACAUCAAUAUAAUUUUUUCUACAACGCGAAUUUAAAAAUUGGUAUAUAUAUACAUAUGUGUUUAAAAGGAUGGAUUCGCUUACAGAAGACAGCGAACAAGAUGUUCGGAUAAUGCGUUUACAACAGCUAAUUGAAAAAAACAUUGAGAUUGAGCAACAACUUGAAAAUAAAAGAUUCGACGAUUCAAUAUUGGCUAUAGAAACUAUACUUAAAAAAUCAAACGAAAUUGCAAAGGGACAGGAAGAACGUCGUACAAAUCCCACGGAGCUCGUACUAGACACUGAGUUGCUAAGGCGCAAUCAUGAAGUAGUAGGAAAGGCUAUACAAUAUAACACAAACUUUACUGAUCAAAUGAUCUUUACAGCUAUUACGAAUUUAGUUUUUAAAGACAACGAUGAAAAUUGGGACUCUCUUUGCACUGUAUUUAUUCAGUUUGGAAUGCCGUUAUGCACUAAUGAUAGUAUGAUAGCCUUUAUCGAUGUUGCACCGAAGCAACACAUUCAAAAGAGCCGUGGUAUACGAAAACGAAAAACUGUUGUUGAAGAAAAACGUCCAAAAAAAAGUGACAAGCUGCUGCGCAAAGAGGAAGGCUCAGCAUCGGUCAGCAAUACGCUUAAACAAAUCAGACAAAUGUACAGAACUGGUAACGACCAGCCCAUUCCGUAUUUCAAAUUAAUUUGUCACCCUACAAACUUUAUGAACUCUGUUCAGAAUUCAUUGAAUAUUUCAUUUCUUGUUCAAGAAAACAUGAUUCGUAUUGAGCCAGGAAUUAAUGAUUUGCCACAGAUUCGAUGUGUUGCAAAUCCCAGAAAUGUAUCUACAAAAGGGUCUGCUCAGGCAAUUUGUGCCAUUGAUGUUCUCUUUUGUCAGGAAAUGGUAAAGUACUACAACAUACAAGAACCAAUGCUGAAACGACUGGAAAAAGACGAUAGGUUUUAACGAAAAUUUUAUUGUAUCAAUAACAAAUCAAUAUAAAUACCUUGUUCUCAUUUCAAAGACCAUUUUUGGCACCACGACGAUAUUGGAAACGAAAAUCAAUGACAGAUUAAUAAUAAAAUUCCCUGGAUGUUGAAUAGUA